AUGCUCGUGCUGGAUUACAACCGCACUGUCGUGUUCAUGAUCUACCGGCCUCGCAGGCAAGCUCACUGCAAGCUCGUCUAUUCGGGCGAGAUGGUCAGGUACCUCGAGUAUUUCAGCAAGAUCGCGCAGCCGUAUCCGUCCGGGUCCACCAUCGCGGGUCUUAUGGUCGAUCUCACAAUACAAGCAAACUUGGAGUUGUGCGGCGCGGUGUGCCUCUUCACGACAAUGACAUCGGCAACCGAAUUAUCCUCGCCUCUGGAGAAGCGCCUUCUCAAAGACGAAGAACGAUGGUUGCUCGCACCCAUACCGGUGUGCCCCUUUGUAGGCGCAGCGGCAGACGCGACUGCAGACGGCUCUGAGAGCUCGUUUGGCUACCAGCUCGGAUGCGGGAGGUCCAAGAGGGCUCGGACAUACACCCAAUACUCUUCGGGCGUCCACAGCGUGCGUAUGGUAACCGCCGACCUCGGUGAGAUCCCAGCUCUUGCGAAACUGCUGCGCCGAGCAUUCAUCAAUGACCCUAUGAUGAACUACAUCGCCAACUUGGAAGAGCCUUUUUCAAAUGACGCCGAAAGCCUGGACGACGUGACCUUGAAGACUUCCAACACAUGGUAUUAA